AGUCGCCGCGUAUUGGUGGGGUAGCCUCAAGUGACAUUUCAGCCGUGAUCCUGGCCGCUGUGUGGUGUCCCGUGUAUUUUGGCUUUUCAAAAGGAUUACUUUGGAGGAUUUACACUUCAUUGCAUUGCAGUGUUCAAUCACGAACCACCCAUCGCCACCAACUCAUCCUGCAUAGGGAAUUACGUGAGCAAUUAUCUACCAUUUCUUCGGGCGUUCAGCUGGUAGAGUGCACAUUUUACCGUGCGCUGUUCGUUGGGGGGCAUUUUCACCUGAAGCCGCAAGUGGACAAGAAGAAAAAAACCCCCGGGCAGCCGUGCAGCAAAGCGUAGGGCCGGGCCCGCACCCUUUAACACGUAAAAGGUGGCAUUGGCUACAAACAACCUAAGUGACGGAAUGGACGGCACCCUUCAAGGACACGGCCGCCCUUAGGGAACCGUAUUGGAAGUUUGAUAAUAUUUCCUGUCGAGGAUCUGGCCGGAUCCAGGAUUGUUUAGAACUGUCUGCGUCGCCUUCGGUAAACCAAUUGGAUCCAUAGAUUGCACAGCAUGGCUUCGUUUGACGCGAACGACCGCAGCAGUUGGUACUUUGGAUCUAUGACUCGGAUGCAAGCGACUGAUCUCUUAAUGAAUGAACGUGAAAUUGGAGUGUUUUUGGUGCGUGACAGCAACACUAUACGAGGAGAUUAUGUUUUGUGUGUGAGGGAAGAUACCAAAGUUAGCCAUUAUAUUAUCAACAGAAUCCAGCAGCAUCAGCAUCCCGACGUGUACAGAAUCGGGGAUCAAUCCUUCACAGAUCUACCCGAUCUGCUGACCUUCUACAAAUCACAUUACUUGGACACUGCACCCCUUCGACGGCCAGCCACUCGUCCCUACGAACUAGUCAUCGGAAAAUUUGAUUUCGAUGGAAGCGGAGAUCAGGACGAUUUGCCAUUCCGACGUGGUGAGAUUCUAACCGUGAUAAGCAAGGACGAGGAGCAAUGGUGGACGGCAAAGAACUCCCUAGGAAAGGUUGGUCAAAUCCCAGUGCCGUAUGUUCAGAAGUAUGAAAAGAUCGAAGGCAUGUCGAACACGCUCGAGCGAAAUUCCGCGGACAAUAAUGUAAGUGGUGCUCGACAGAACAGUGGAACUGGAGGCAGUGGCGUUCCCAAUCCUCAUCAGCUGGGCAGUGUUCUUAAAAAGUCUGAUCUGAAUCGAAAACUCCCUGCACUUGCGCGUGUGAAACAGGCUCGGGUGCCCAAUGCUUACGACAAGACAGCUCUAAAGCUAGAAAUUGGUGACACAAUAACAGUGACAAAAACAAACAUAAACGGACAGUGGGAGGGAGAGCUGAACGGCAAAAGGGGGCAUUUUCCAUUCACCCAUGUCGAAUUUAUCGAAAAUAAUGAGAGUGAUAACACAAACUUUAUACAUAACCCGGCCGGCGUGACUACCAGCACAAACGUAUUACCGAAUGUUGGGAGUGGCGGCGCAAAUAUGAUAUUAGGCAAUAGUGAAUGGUGUGAAUGAGGUUGGUAGCUUGAUCGCGCGUACUUGGCCAUCGCCGCCACUGCUCGUUGGGAUUUCCACGUUCGUUUUUUUUUUCUUUCCUCUCUGUAUUUAGCUUCAAUUGUACAUAUUACCCCCUACUGCCUGCGCUCCCAUUAUUUUAUUUUGCAACCAUUAUCUGAUCGCAGUUUGGCCCGUAUAGAAAGAAAACCUGAAAAUAUGUUGCCAGAAGCUCUCCCGCCUUCAAUUCGAGGUCCGGCGCUUAUGACACUGAGGAAGCACAGUCGAAUCUAUUAAGAACAAUCCCGAGGGAGACGAACCAACGCAUUAUAAAGGAAAUCAACUGAAACUCAUAUAGAAUGAAUCUAUAAAAAUCAAAUUAUACAAUAUAUACAUAUAUAUUUUUCUAAGAGUAAAGGAUAUCUGCCAAGUUGCACAAAUGGACUCAUAAGUAUUGUGAAAUCGAUGAAGUGAAUAAAGAAAGUAUAUAUA